CUUUCGCGGAUCAGCAUAAUAUGCCUAACUCUUCGCUCUCUCUAUUUUCUGUCUAUCUGCCUCUUCCUCUUGAACAACACCCCAACGUGCUCUCCUCUUUCCUUCUCCUUCGGAUCCUUUCCUUUAGACUCAUUCUUCUUCUUCUUCUUCUUCUUCUCCUCCUCCUCCUCCUCCUCCUUUCAACAUUUCCAACUUUUCUUUUGAAUAUUUACUUAUAUCUGAUCUCAUCAAUAUAUAUAUACAUAUGUACACCACCAUCUUCAUGGUCAUCAAUGGAUCAUGAUAGAAACAAUGACAUUUUUGAAGAUGAAGAUAAAGAAGCUUUACAAGGCCUAUCUCCUGUCCCUCCACCCCCGCGAAAUAUCCAUUCUUAUAGCCAGCAGCUCCGUGCCACCUCUUCAGGACCUACUGCUAAAAGACACGACAAAGGUAGAAAACACAGCCUUGAUGACAUCCCUAUGCCUGUGGUUUCUGAAAGUUUCUUUGACGUCUCUUCCUCAGACGAUGAAUUCUUCCUUCAUUCCUCUUCUCCUUCUAACACCACUCGUUCUCGCGGUGCCAGCGGUGAAGAUUUCUUUGUUGGUGCUGACGAUGAUCAACUCAAGCAAUUCCAACCGUUGCCUGAGUUCAUUGGAAAUGGAAGUGGGACCGGAAUCUUUAAGUAUCCAGCACGUUCAGCCAUGCACGGUGGACGCCCACCUUGUCUAGAACUUAGGCCACAUCCUUUAAGAGAAACUCAAGUGGGGAAGUUUUUGAGAAACAUUGCUUGUACCGACACACAGUUAUGGGCUGGUCAGGAGUGUGGGGUAAGGUUUUGGAGUUUUGAGAAUGCAUACGAGGCUGGUAGGGGUUUAGGUGGGAGAGUGAGACGAGGUGAUGAAGAUGCUGCACCAUUUUAUGAGUCGGCGAAUACCUCUCCGACAUUGUGUUUAAUGGCUGACAGUGCUAAUAGAUUGGUUUGGAGUGGGCAUAAAGAUGGGAAGAUUAGAUCUUGGAAAAUGGAUCAACAUUUGGACGAUGCUAAUUCUCAUUUUAAGGAAGGAUUAUCAUGGCAGGCUCAUAAGGGUCCUGUUCUUUCUAUAGUUAUGAGUUCUUAUGGUGAUCUGUGGUCAGGUUCUGAGAAUGGUAUUAUUAGGAUUUGGCAAUGGGAUGUCAUUGAGAAAUCUCUCUCUCUUUCAUCAGAGGAAAAGCACAUGGCUGCUUUAUUGGUGGAGAGGGCUUGCAUUGACCUCAGGAGCCAAGUCACUAUAAAUGGUGCCUGUAGCAUAUCUUCUUCAGAUGUAAAGUGCUUGUUAGCUGACAAUGUUAGAGCUAAAAUUUGGUGUGCUCAACCUCUUUCCUUCUCUAUUUGGGAUGCUCGUACAAAGGAGCUCGUGAAGGUAUUCAAUACCGAGGGCCAAAUUGAGAAUCGAGCUGAACUGCCGUCAGUGCAACAGCAAGAUCAGCCAGUAGAAGAUGAGAUGAAGGUAAAAUUUGUACACCAAUCAAAAAAGGAGAAAUCCGGGGGCUUUCUGCAACGUUCACGUAAUGCUAUAAUGGGAGCAGCAGACGCUGUUCGCCGAGUUGCAACCAGGGGAGCAGGAGCAUUUGUAGACGAUACCAAGAGAACAGAAGCACUAGUGCUGACUAUUGAUGGAAUGAUCUGGACUGGAUGUUCCGAUGGCCUUCUUGUGCAGUGGGAUGGGAAUGGAAAUCGUUUACAAGAAUUCAGUCAUCAUUCUUCUGCUGUUCAAUGUUUUUGCACUUUCGGAACACUGGUAUAUGUUGGCUAUGUGAGCGGUAUGAUCCAAGUAUUGGACCUGGAGGGGAAAAUGAUUUCUGCAUGGGUUGCUCACAGUAAUCCUGUGCUAAAAAUGGCUGUCGGAAAUGGAUAUGUUUUUAGCCUGGCAAAUCAUGGUGGCAUACGUGGAUGGAGUAUUGCAUCCCCAGGACCUAUUGACAGCAUAAUACGAUCAGAAGUGGCAUCGAGAGAACUAGAGUAUACAAGACGGAACAGUUUCAGAAUUUUAGUUGGUACAUGGAAUGUCGGUCAAGGAAGAGCAUCCCAGCACGCCCUUAAAGCAUGGUUAGGUUCUGCUGCAUCAGACGUCGGCAUUAUUGUUGUUGGGUUACAAGAAGUAGAGAUGGGUGCGGGUUUUCUUGCCAUGUCUGCAGCAAAAGAAACUGUAGGACUUGAAGGGAGUGCCAUUGGGCACUGGUGGCUGGACAAUAUAGGAAAAGCCUUAGAUGAAGGAAAGACUUUUGAACGUAUGGGUUCCAGGCAGCUUGCAGGCUUGCUCAUAUCUCUUUGGGUAAGAAAGAAUCUCAGAAAACAUGUUGGUGAUGUUGAUGCUGCAGCAGUUCCAUGUGGCUUUGGACGUGCAAUUGGUAAUAAGGGAGGUGUAGGUUUGAGAAUUAGAGUUCUUGACAGGAUAAUGUGCUUUGUUAACUGUCACUUGGCUGCACAUUUGGAAGCAGUCAAUCGGCGCAAUGCUGAUUUUGAUCAUAUUUUUCGAAACAUGGCCUUUGGUCGGUCAUCAAAUGUUACGGCAGCUGGUAUGGUGCGAUUCCUGUUUUUGUGUUGCGUUCUUGCCUUCUCCACAUUUUUAUUUUGGAUGCUUUAUGUUUCUGGCUUCCCACUGGUCCUAUCUAUUGCAGCUGGUGUCUCAACUGCCAGUCACACGGUUAAGGGUACUCAUGCUGCAAGUACAACCCAUGAAGAAUCCAGGCUUGAUUUAGCUGAAGCAGAUAUGGUGGUGUUUCUUGGUGAUUUUAAUUAUCGGCUUUUUGGUAUAUCAUAUGAUGAAGCAAGAGACUUUGUUUCACAAAGAAGCUUUGAUUGGCUUAGAGAAAAGGAUCAGCUCAGAGCAGAGAUGCAGGCAGGGAAAGUUUUUCAAGGAAUGCGUGAGGCAGUCAUUGCAUUCCCUCCUACUUAUAAGUUUGCAAGACACCAACCAGGUUUAGCAGGAUACGAUUCCGGGGAGAAAAAACGCAUUCCAGCUUGGUGUGACAGGAUAAUAUACCGUGACAAUCGAUCAGCUCCAGUGUCUUAUUGCAGUUUAGACUGCCCUGUAGUCUCAUCAAUUAUACAGUAUGAAGCUUGCAUGGAUGUCAUAGAGAGUGAUCACAAACCUGUCCGCUGCAAGUUCCAUGUUCAAGUUGCCCAUGUUGAUAGAUCAGUGAGGAGACAAGAAUUUGGAGAAGUGAUCAGGUCUAAUGAGAAAGUAAGGUCUAUCCUCGAACAAUUAGCUCAUGUGCCAGAAACUGCUAUAAGCACCAACAACAUCUGCCUUCAAAGCCAGGACACAGUCGUCUUUCGAAUCACCAACAAGGAUGUUGAGGAAAAAGCCAUAUUCAGAAUUACCUGCGAAGGUGUGUGCACUGUCAGCGACGACAGAGAGGAAAACACUUAUCAUUCACGGGGUUUGUUAGGCUUUCCAAGAUGGCUCGAGGUAACACCAGCAGCAGGCAUAAUUAAACAAGACCACUUCGUGGAGGUCGCAGUACAUCAUGAAGAUUUCCGUUCCUUAGAAGAGUUAGUUGAUGGAAUCCCACAAAACUGGUGGUCCGACGACACACGAGACAAGGAAGCUACAUUGUCUGUGAAUAUCCAAGGCAGUAAUAGAACGGAGACACAAAGUCACCAAAUCGUUGUUCGACACUGCUACUCAGCCAAGACAGUGCGCAUCGACUCUAAAUCAAACAAUUCUUGGAAAGGAAAAAGAGGCUCAGUUCACCGGUCUGACCUUAGGCAACUAAGUGGUUCCUCUGAUAUGGUUGAUGAUUUCCGAAACUUUUGAAACUAUAGUGAGGUCUUAUAGAAACGGGCAGGACUUGUUGACAUCACCUGGAAGCAGCAUUGAGGUUGCUUGAUCCAAUACCAAGUCAUUAAGUCUUCGAUGUAUAUACUCUUGGAAAUGGUUUCCAUUUCAUCAUGUUGAGAACAGGUUCCUUUUGUUUAUGAUGGCUUGCAUAUGUUGAUCUCUGGUGAGAAUUCUUUAUCUCAUUCUUUUCCUAGAAAAGACAAAAGUCGAGCACUGUAAUCAAAUCAAAGCAUAUUGUACUAUAUUAGUUUUUCUGAAGAUUGCAGUAACAAUGUUGCAAUUUUCCAAA